GUCUCACUAGUCCCGCCUCCUAUUAUUGGGUUUGUGGCGUGUGAUUGGCUGGAGUGCAACCCAAAAGCAAGGUGGCCUGAUGGCUCUGGUUUAUGAAUAUUCAUGUUUACGCCCCUGCAAAUCUCAUUGCAUGCACGUGUCAUGGCUGCAGAAUGUGGACUGUGUGGUGAUGUCAUCCAUAGAGUAGCGAUCGUUCACACUUUUGUUACUUUAAAAAGGAAACUAAAAAAAAAGGUUAUUAUUGGAUAGAGGCAAUUUUGCGCCUGGUCGUCACUUUUGGAGCCGUUCCCUGUCACUGCACGCGCCAUUCGUUGCUUGUGAGUGGGUGCUAUUCACGGUCAACACGGAUCGUCUGACAGUUUAAGUUGAAGAACCCGACAAACAGGUUGAGGGACAGCCUUGCAACAUCACUCUAUUUAAAGCUGUGGAGCAGGAAGUCCACAGCAAAAGAAGCAGCAGCUUUCAAGCGGAAAGUGACCACAGAAUCACCACACAGAUCACGGACGCUUUUUUAUUCGUUUGUCGUUAAGGAAAUCCAAAAUGAUGCGACAUCUCCCCGAAACGACCAACCCAAAGAACUCUCUCUUCAACGCCAUGAACCGCUUCAUCGGCGCGGUGAACAACAUGGACCAGACAGUCAUGGUGCCCAGCCUGCUGCGGGACAUGCCUCUGGGUGAGGAGGCCGAGCUGGGCUGCCCCAAGCAGCCGGAUGUGGACGAGGCGGACAUGUACAGCUACUACCAGCUGCUCAAGUCCAUCCGGCGGGACAUCGAGUGGGGGGUGAGGGUCUCCCCGGCCCUGGCCGCGACACCGCCGAGGUUCACCCGCAUGAACUCCACCGCUUCCUUUGCCUCCUCCUUGUCCGCCUCCUCCGAGGAAGACGAAGAGGACGAGGAGGAGGAGGACCUGCAGAAGCAGUUCCAGUACCACCUAGCUGGGCUCCAGGGGGUGCUGAGCAAGCUGACCAUGCAGGCCAACACCCUCACCAGGCGCUACAAGCAAGAGAUUGGACUCUAAAACAGCCAUUAUUGUUAUUUUUUUUUUAAAUGCUGCUAUUUGAAGGAUAUUGCAGGUGUUGUAAGAUGUGUUGACACUGAAUGCAAACUAUUAUUUUGCACUCCCGAAGCAUUCAGUGUGAUACGCAGGUGAAACAUAUUUAAAACGUUUUUUAUUUAAUGCAUAAUUUAUUACCUCAGGCGUUUGUUUGGGAUAUCAAACUAGAGCUGUGGAUGUUUAGGAAUGAUCUGCUGAAGACAAGGUGGCUCUGCGUGUGUGUGUGUGUGUGUGUGUGUGUGUGUGUGUGUGUGUGUGUGUGACCACGCAAUACUCCCACUCAUGACCCUUUAUUGAAAAAGACACAAAAAGAAAGAAGGAAGGAGGCAUCUGCUUCAUGAAACAAGCUGCCAGUGAUCUCCUCACGUUCCACACGAGCUGGUCAAUGAUUGGAAUGAACUUGAUUGUUCUCCUGGAGAAUGAUGACGGAUUCCACGAGAUCACUUUUUUCAUGCAUGUGCCUUGAGUGCUUUUCUUUGCAUCACUUUUUCUACUGAAGUUCAUUUGGAAAUAAAACUUUUUGUAUGAGCGCA